CUGCGUGCCUCGCUGUCUGUCAGAUAGAUCCGUGUUAUGGUGCAGUGUGCCACGUUGUGUUGGAGAGGAGUACUAGUCGGUUUGUGAUUUACUCUGCUACUCUGGCACGGGGUGGAGGUUAACCGUACCCCCGGGACAGCAGCAUGCAGACAGAGGACAUCCUCGGGGGGAUGGAGGACGACGCCGACGGGGAAUGGUACCAGAGCGACCUACAAUUGGCUGCAGAACUAGGAAAGGCUCUCCUUGAAAGAAAUCGAGAACUAGAGACUCACAUUCUACAGAUUCAGCAAGCCAGCCAGGACCAACACCUUGAGAAUGAGUACCUGAACAAACAGUUGGAGACCCUGAGGGAAACCAGUGAUGCACGGAUGCGUGUGUAUGAGGAAUUGGACAAGAAUGCUCAGGAGCUGGAGAAACAGAAUCAGCGACUAAUAAUCGACUCGCGGGGCGAAAAACAAAGAAUAGAAAAGUUGACGGAUACGGUUGAUACAAUGGAAAACAAAUGUGAUGAAUUGCAAAAGAAGAUUGAUGAGCUAAAAACUGAGAGAAAACGAGAGCACAAACAACAAAAACAAGAAUCUCGUCGAGCUGUUAGUUGCGUAAACCUGCGUGAAAAUACAGACUACAUAAAAAACCUGUACAAUGGUGAAAUUCAUUGGACCUACACAGAUCAGUUCAAAAAUUUGCCUCUUAAUCCAUAUGAAGUGGAAAUUAAAAGCUUGCAGGAAACAAUCAAACAGCUGAAGGCUCAGCAACUGAUUGAGCGCAGGAAACGGGAGGAUGUGGAGACAGAAGUCAAGUUAUUGUGGGAGGAAAACGAAUCUCUGGAAGCCAAAGUGAAAGAUUUGGAUAAGAAGGUAAAAAUAACUGAAGGGCUUGAAGAGGAGUUACAGAAGGUGAAGUUAAAUGCUGGCAAGGUUUGUCAUCUGUGUGGUAAAUCAUUGGAGAAGGUGGUUCAGAAGUCAGCUCUGGAGGCUGAGGUAGAGCAUGAUGAACCAGAAGUGAAGCAUACAGGGAAACUGAUGAGGCUGGGAGGUGGUGGCAGUGUGUACGGCAGUACAGAAUCUGUGAGUAAGAUCGCACCAGACUCCCAGCCCAUCUCACCAGAGGAACCAGACUCUCACAGUGUGUCCAUACUCAAUGAACUGGAAAACCAGUACCAGAAUUUAUUUGAGAAGUAUGAAGAUUUGCUGCAAGGCAGAAAAAGAUCAAGUUUUCAUGAAUAUGAGGGUACUGAAGAGACAUUUGAUGAAGCUCUUAACCGUCAUCUGGCUGUUUCCCAUAAAGAGGUUCAGACAUUGCUUAAGUUACAGAAACAAACAUGUGACACGGCAUCAGGUGGCGCCACUUGUGCUGAUGAACUGGGAAGUCCCCCAGAAUACAAAAUAUUGUUCCGUGAUAUUUUUGCUACCUUGAAAAAAUCUCGAAUUGAGGAAGGUGGUGAACAAAUGACAUCAUCCCACUCUACACCAGCAACAAGUCCUGUCAAUUAAAUGUAAACAAGUCACACACUAUCUGUCAUUCGGUCACACUUUACAGUGAUAGUAUGACACCUGAACAAUACAUUAAGAGCAAUAACUCCCAUAAGACAUACAGUAUUUACAAAGUUCACAGACUCCUCGUCGGCAAUUUUCAAGGAAGCACUUUUAAGCCAAGAACACUUCUCCCAUACAAACCUUAUAAAAAGAAUUGAAAAAUAAUAGCUAUUUCCUUCCUAAAUUUAUUUAAACAUGUAACAGGAAACAAACAUAUUUUUUGUUUGUUCAUAUUAUAUUUAUAACAUUACAUGUUUUCUGUGCUUUAUAAUGGGACAGAGUUCCGAGUCUCCAAGGUUUUAACAAAUGUCAAUUGUACCAAGAGCUAAUUUUUUCUGCUUAGCUCAAUUUGUUUUGAAUGCCUGACAUCACCAUGAAAUAGAGGUUUACAAUAGUGAUACAUUAUAUAUGUCUAGCAGUUAAGCACUUAUUUUACCAAUUUUACAUGUUUAUAGAGACAAACAAAAUAACUAUAUACAUAUUUAUAAACAUAAACUGAUAUAUCUCAGAAUUUAUGGUCUGCAUUCUACUUUUGGCUUGCAUCUUCAUAGAGAUUGGGUUCACCAUAAAAGCCUUAAGGCUACAGAACCCAGGACAUGAACUGUUUUAUAACAACUAACGAAAGUUUAUUGAAAGUUUUUUCAAGAAUAGCUUUCUGCUUACUUCCAGUUUUAUUCCUAUUUUAAUAGAACUCCAGCUUAAUCAUCAUUUCGAGCAGGACCAAUGUACAAUUGACAAAUUUAAAUUUUAGAAAAUGCAAUAAUUCAUCCCUUAAUCACAAUAGAACAAAAUUAUCAAAUGAGUUCAAACUUAAGUGUAUAUUCUAGUCAGGGUAGUGUUGGUAGCACUCGUAUACUUAUGGGUUAAAUUAACAUGUUCCACUAGUCUAGGACAGUAUUUAAAUACUGUGACAUAUACCAUUGGCACUAAGUAGUCUGUAGUGUAUAUUGUUACUACAUUCCUCAAAAUAACUAUCAUACAAACGUAUACAGUUUGGUCACGUGACAAUGCAAGACCUGUUGAUAUUCUGUAAUGAUAUUUUGUACUGUGUUUCUUACCUAUGUAAGUAGGAAUGAUAUUUUCUAAUAGUUAUAUUAAAUACUCCUAAAGAAUGUGUAGGCAUGUAUGUUAUGUAUAGUUGUAUGUAAAGCUGCAGAGUUGUCUUAGAAUGUUAGGCUCCCUUGUUUGAUAUUUAUUGCAUGCCACUCUGCCAAAUAAUGGAGGGACCACGGUGGCCGCGUGGGUACUUAUCACAGGUCGGUGCAAGUUUUUCUCUGGAUACUCUGGCUUUCCUCCACCACGAAAACCUGACUCAUCCUAAAAUGACCAUAGCUGUUAUUAGGACCUGAAACACAAACAAUCCAAACCAAAUAAUGAAGGGUCAUUCCAGCAAACAGGGUGGGAUCACUGCCAUAUUGUGUGGGGUCACUUCACCAGAUAGCUUGCUGUGUCAGUUUCAAAUACUUGAUUUUCUUGAGAGGAACAGUUCAACUUUUGUCUGACAUUCUUAACAAAAUUAAUUCUCUGAGAUACUUUGCAACAAUAAGUUCACUGAGAUACAAGAAAUAUUUUAGUUUUGUGUUACUUAAUUAUGCAUAUUAACAGAGCACUAUUGUAGAUGUACAGUUUAACUUAUUUUUAACUGAUUAUAAUGAGCCAAAACAAUCAAAGCUUUCCUUACUUAUUUUCUGUAUAUCACCAGGGUGUUUUAUCAGCAUUGAUAACUUUACAGCACUGUGUCAGUGACAAUGAAUUUUACUACAAUGAAAUUAUUUUAUUGUGUUAAUGACAAGGUGGUCAUAAAGACUUAUUGUGUUGAUGACAAGACUUAUAUAUAAUAACUAUAUUCAGCUUAGUGUUGCAGUAUUCUUAUUAGCUUUGCUAGUAUUCUGUUAUUUUAAAAACAUUGUCAGUCAUGGGACCGGAUAGUCUCAGGACUAAUUUUCAUAGACACUGAUGUUUUUUUUUAUGAUAGAUAAGUCAAAGUCAAAAUUAAAAGAAGCAUUAUAAUACAUAUGCAUGUGUUAUGUUGGCUGUGUGUUUAAUAAGUUAAUUGUCAGUGAUAGAUGUGGCUAUAGGCACAUGUGAUAACUCUGUGAUAAAGUGUUGUAGUAUGGCUAAAGAUAUAUCUCAUGUUCUCUUCAUGCUCAUGCCGACAUUCUGUUCAAAUUACACGUCAAAAGAAGGACCUAAAUCCUGUCGUCCUACGUUGUAUUAAACAUCGUUAGUGACAUGUGGUAGACGUUCCAUUUGAUCAUACUAUAUAUAUGUUAAUUACUAAUCAUUGAUAUUGAUUUAACCUAUAUAUAAGAAUCCUAUCUACAGUCAAACUUGAUCACUAUGCUUGAUAAUAAGCCCACCCCUAUUAAGGAUAAUAUUGGAAGCCAAGCCCUCAUCGUAUAUACAUUGUAGUGUUUAACCAUCUUUAACAAGUGAAUAUAAAAUUGAACAUUUUCUGCAUGUAAUGAUUACCAUUUUGGUUCACUACAAUAAUAUUCCCUUUCAUUAACAUGUUAACAUGUCAUUAAAUGUAAUAGACAAAAAAGAAUCAAUAGAUUUCCUUAUUUGUGGUUGAUCUUCCAAUUUGCAAAAAUGAAAUUACUGCUGCCUUUAUGUUGUCACAAUACUAGUACUAAGGGAAAUAACUCUGGCGGACUUGAUGCGUGUUACACUUAGCUUUGCUUGUAUUACUUUGUUAUUGAUGAAGAUGUUCUAGGCCAUACACAUUUAUGUAAUAUGUUGUAGUAAAUGAAACUUAGAUACUUGCCAUGUAGUGUUUCUCGAAGUAGUGAGAAAUCAAAGAGUUUUUAUAUAUGGAACAUUUUAAUUGACCGGAUGUUGAUAUUGGAACGGUUUUUAUAUUUUUGUCAUGUUGUAAAAAGGUGUGUCAAGAUUUGUAAAAUACAAAUUGAACAGUUCAGCAAAGGUUUUAGCAUAGACAAUAGAUAUGUUUAUAGAAAUUUGUCGGUAGAAAGCAUAAUGAUACAAAAGAUAAUUACAUCCAACAAUUUACACCUGCUCUCAUCUUCUUGUUUUAUAGGUGUUAUAUUAUAAGAUAUGUGUUAAACAUAUUUGGAAUAGAAUCAAUAUGGAUAGACAUAUUUACCUGGACACAUUGACGCAACCUAUGAUGGGCUUUAUUUUCAUUUAUGCUAACACAAUAGUAACGUGCAAGGAUGAUGGGGAAAUGAUAAUGUUGUUUUGUAACUUGACAUCUUUGUGUACCCAGUUUUAAGUGCUGAAUGUGAGGAUCAUUUAAGAUACAGUAUUUUUAAUUAAUAUACUGUUAAUACUUAGUCAACAUGGUUGUUUUGAUACAAUUAAUUUUAUAUAUUGUGUGAAAUAAUAUGUUACAAUAUAAAACGCAAAGUGAUUACAGUUGUACUAGAAAUUUGUUGUAGGUACAAUUCCUGGUGUAUACCAGACAGGACAGGAUCCUGACAUACACUUGUGUAAAAUUAUGGACACAUAACACCACUAUAAAUCAAUUCAUUCUUUAAUAUUUUUUGUUAUGCUUUAGAUAUUUUCUUCUGCUGAUAGUCUCCAUAACAUUAUUUGAAGAUGAUUUCAAAUUAUUUCAUUGGCAAUUUAUAUACAUUGUAUGUCUCCUUUACUUUGCAUUUUGGUACAUGUAUACUGCCUCAUGUUUCAUUUGUUCCCACCAUAGCACUGCAUUUUUCAUGUCCCUUCCUCUCUACGAUUCCUCUAGAGUUUUCCUUCACAUAUUGUCUAUCACUUUGGCUAGUGCCAUUUUUGCUACCAAUUUAUCAUGCUGGACAAAAGGUAGGGUAAACUGGAGUUCACUCUGUAAGUAUGUAAGUACAUGUACAAUGUAUUACAAUAUUACCUGUAACAAAAGACAUAUAUAAAAUUAUAUUGUGUAGUAUGUAUAUAUACAUCUCAGCUGUAAUACAGACAGGAAACUAUUACCUGUAACAUAGACAGGAAACCUUUACAUGUAAGUUAAUAUAAAUAGGAAACUAUUACCUGUAAUAAAGUCAGGAAACUGUUAUCUGUAAUAUAGAUAGGAAACUAUUACCUGUAAUAUAGACAGGAAACUAUUACCUGUAAUAAAGUCAGGAAACUAAUUUCUGUAAUAAAGACAGGAAAUUAUUACCUGUUAUACAGACAGGAAACUAUCACCUGUAAUAUAUACAGGAAACUAGUACCUGUAAUAAAGACAGGAAACUAUAACCUGUAUUAAAGACAGGAAAAUAUUACCCGUUAUGUAUACAGAAAACCUGUUUUAAUAUUAGCUUACAUGAUUAUAACUUAAAAGCUAAUCUUACACCUAAGUAAGAUUAAGCUAUUGUAAAACUAGUGGUGAAUAUAACUUUAACAACUCCUUAUGUAGCUUGCACAAGUGUGGCAUUUCUUUUGAUUGUUACUUUGAAGGUGAUGGGACAGAUCAAAGUCCAUCUCAUGACUAGGACUACAAUCUCUGGAGGCAAAUGACAUCAGCAUAUGACAGUUUCCUUUACUUGAAAUAUAAGAGUUUAAUAGUAUGAAACACUGUGAAAAAACUAUCAUUAUUCUGACAUAUUUUAUAUGUAUGGAUGGUAUUCACCAGGAAACCAUUAAAUACCCUUUAACAACAUUAUAGUACUAAUGUAUACAUGUACUAUGUUACUAGCCAUCAAUUUUGUUACUUUAUAUGUUUAUGAAUAAAUUGUUUGGUAUGAAG